CCGGGAACAUGAGCGGACGGGCCGCGUCUCUCUGCUGUGAAGCGCUCCCCGCCGGAGGACCGUUAGCUCGGGCGGUGCCGAGUUAAGAUGAUCGAUACACGACCCGAGAAGGACUUCCAAACCGUUGUUCAUUGUGCGAACAUCGUCCUUGAAACAGCACCCACAAUCAACGUGCCGUCUUUGUGGUCAGUUCUGCCUGUAGAUCAGAGGAUAAUCUGAGACCAUGGCAGUGAAGGACCGUGUGGAGGCGGUGCUCAACGUGGGCCUGCGUGUUCCCAGCAUCAUGCUGCUGGACGUCCUGUAUCGCUGGGAUGUUAGUUCAUUCUUCCAGAAGAUCCAGCGCUCCAGCCUUUCCAACAACCCUCUGUUUCAGUACAAAUAUCUGGCACUCUACCUACACUAUGUAGGUUACAUCUUGAGCUUGGUGCUCCUGACUCUGCCUCGGCAGCAUCUGGUUAAACUCUACCUGUAUGUCCUGACGGCCCUGCUGCUGUUUGCUGGUCACCAAGUCUCCAGGGAUUAUGUUCGCAGUGAACUGGACUCUGGCCAUGAAGGACCUGUGUAUCUGGAACCUCUCUCCAUGAACAGAUUCACCACUGCACUCAUAGGUCAGCUGGUGGUGUGCACCUUGUGUUCCUGUGUGAUGCAGACCAAGAGGAUUUGGCUUUUUUCUGCUCACCUUCUCCCCCUGGUGGCCAGAUUGUGUCUGGUUCCACUGGAGACCAUUGUCUUCAUCAACAAGUUCUCCAUGAUCUUCACAGGCCUGGAGGUUAUUUACUUCCUAGCGUCUAACUUACUGGUCCCAUAUAACCUGGCCAAGACGGCCUACAGAGAGCUGGCUCAGGUGGUGGAGGUCUACGGCCUGCUCGCUUUAGGGAUGUCUCUCUGGAACCAGCUGGUCCUUCCAGUUCUCUUCAUGUGUUUUUGGCUCCUGCUCUUUGCUCUGCAGAUUUACUCCUACUUCAGCACCAGAGACCAACCUACCUCAAGGGAAAGGCUGCUUUUCCUCUUUCUUACCAGUAUUGCAGAAUGUUGUAGCACACCGUACUCCCUGCUGGGUUUGGUUUUCACCGUCUCCUUCAUCGCCCUGGGAGUCCUCACUCUGUGCAAGUUCUACUUACAAGGUUACAGAGCCUUUAUGAAUGACAACACCAUGCACAGAGGGAUGACAGAAGGCAUCACCCUGCUGAUCCUUGCUGUUCAAACUGGCCUGAUAGAACUACAGGUCAUCCAUCGAGCCUUCCUCCUCUCCAUCAUCCUCUUCAUUGUUGUUGCUUCCAUUCUGCAGUCCAUGCUGGAAAUAGCUGAUCCCAUAGUUCUGGCAUUGGGAGCCUCUAGAGACAAAAGUUUGUGGAAACACUUCCGAGCAGUGUCUCUAUGCCUCUUCCUGCUGAUCUUCCCAGCCUACAUGGCCUAUAUGAUCUGCCAGUUUUUCCACAUGGACUUCUGGCUGCUCAUCAUUAUCUCGUCAUCAAUCCUCACCUCCCUGCAGGUUCUUGGUACUUUGCUCAUCUAUGUUCUUUUCAUGGUUGAAGAGUUCCGUAAGGCUCCGGUAGAGAACAUGGAUGAGGUUAUCUACUAUGUUAAUGGGACCUACAGAUUGCUGGAGUUUCUGGUGGCUGUGUGUGUGGUGUGCUACGGCGUAUCGGAGACUGUGUUUGGUGAAUGGAGUGUGAUGGGCAGCACCAUCAUCCUGGUCCACUCGUACUAUAACGUCUGGCUGAGAGCCCAGCUGGGCUGGCAGAGUUUCCUGCUCAGAAGAGACGCUGUAAACAAGAUCAAGAGCCUUCCCACAGCCAGCGACGCACAGCUGGAGCAGUACAACGACAUCUGUGCUAUCUGCUUCCAGGACAUGAACAGUGCUGUGAUCACUCCAUGCAGUCAUUUCUUCCACGCUGGCUGUCUGAAGAAAUGGCUGUAUGUCCAGGAGACGUGUCCUCUUUGUCAUUCACAACUCAAAAGCCAAACACCAGCGCCCAGCGCACCCAACCAAGAUGUCCUUGCAGCCAAUCAGAGCCCUGCAGGACAAGGAGAAGCCCCAGCUGACGGUAAGGAAGCUGAUGGUGCUUCUCCAAACGAGACAGAGGAGGGAACAGUACAGGAGGAGGAGGGAGGAAAUGGACUUGCUACUCCAGCCGGAGAAACGGCGUCGUCUUCUGGCUUGCACUCUGCCCCCCUGCACAUCAGGCCUCCGUCAUCCUCUCGUUCCCCUUCUCUGCUUGCGGCUGAUUCUCAGCAGAACCAGUCGCCCGCAGAUCCCCAGUCCUCAUCCUCCCCCUCUACCUCCGACACAUCGUACACGCCUGACUCCGUUUCUCCCUCCAUUCUCCACGACUCGUCCUCCCAGGUACCAGCUCCCCCAGAAAGGUCUGCUGAGCCCGAGUCUGCCCCCCAGCUGAACUCUGUUUCCCCUCUGGACGGACAGGAGUCGUCCACUGAACCCUCAUCACAUAGUGAGCAGCUCGGCUGCCCCCCGGAGCCUUCACCUCCUCCAGGAAACCUCUGAGCCGCUUCCCCACACCCACGUCAUACAUGCAUGCACAUAGAAACACAAUCAACAUCCUCCAUGUGCUUAUAGUGUACCUGUCCAGCUUUAGCUCUCCCAUCAUGGGGGGAAUCCAGCUCCUUCAUAUCCUUUUUGAGAGGCAAAACAAUUUCUAAGCAGAUAUUGAUUACUUGGUGUUAAAAAUCAAAUGAAAAUGGUUCACAGCUUCACAAAACAUUGGUACUUUUAAGGUGGCUGUCGUGGUACAGAUGAACUAAAGUUAUCCCGUUUAACUCAUGCUGGCAGUGAUUUCAUCACAGGCACAACUUUUCCUCGUGUCUUAGUUUUGUCUUUUUGAUUCAAACUCAAAGCAACAGGAGUGACACAGUAAUAUUCUAAUUGGGAGUUCAACACGUCAAACAAAUACACGAUCUUAAAAUAUGACUCAAUGUUGAUGUUUUCUAGUUUUCUACAUUGAAUUUUACAACGAUAGUAGCAUUUCCAGAAUCAUUGGUUUGUCCUUCUCAUAAGACUGACAGGUUUUUAAUGUUGGAGCCUCCUGCCUUCGUUUGUGCAGCCUUACUUUACCCGCUGUACAUUUUGAGUUUCUCCGCUGUCCCGUAUGUGCCGUGGCAUACUGAGGAUCAGAAGUUAAGACAGCUUUGAUGGUCGAGAGAUGAUUAAUGGUUGCAUUUUAAACUGUGACAGAGAAGUAACAUUUCAUAAAAUCUGCAGAUUCUUGAGUUUGACAGACAUUUUUGUUUUUAACUCUUGAAUGGUAGUUGUUCUGUGUAUAAGUUGAUUCUAAGAGAGUAUAAGUUCAUUACUAGACUGAAUGUUGUUUCUUGGGGUCAUCAGAUGACCUGAAGCCUGGUGCUAAGCAGAGGACACAUGCUGUGGUCGGUCAUUCAUUGCUGUGUGGACAAAUUAGUUUGUUCACACGCAAUAAAUAAUGUCAUAUGUCAAGCUUUUUCUCUUCUAUUAAUUCAGUAUUUGGAUCAAACUUGUUUGGCUGGUCCCAGCAAAAACUGCUCUAUUACUCAUCGCCAAAGUUUUGUAUUACUGUUACAGAAAUGUUAUUUUUUAAGGUAAUUUUUACACCACUUUAUCAGACAUGGCAGAGUGCAGCUGGACUGGAAGAAUAAGGAAGUUGGUGGCUACAGUUUGUUUUUGUAGCUUCAACAUUGUGAGAAUGUGGAGUGUAAAGAAGUCCACAGAUUUCAUUCAUGUCCUCAUCCACACUCGGCCCCUGAGCUUAGUUGAUGCACGAGCAAAAACCCACCUGCCAUGUCGGUGAGUGUUGGAACUUGUUACUGCAGAAGCCAAUCGCCCCUCUCCAUCCAACCACAUCAGAGCUCUGUGUUUCCUCAUCUCUCACUCCAUGAGACGUUCCUACCAGCAAAUUGAGCCAUUUAAAAGCUUCUUUCUUUUUUCUUUUUCCCCCAAAGCCCCACAUAACUCCUCUUUCACACGCACACACCGAAGUUGGCUCCUUGCUUUGAAAAUGGGGCACGAUGGUCAAGAAAUGUGUGUUUAGUUAUUUAACUGAAAGACUAAAACUUGAGGAUACGGAGUUCCGAUGCACGCAUUAUUAUGUAGAGCUUGCACGCUGACACUCUUCCUACAGGAUUUAUUUUUGUCAAUGCUCUCUAACCUUGCUACCAAUUUUUUCUACUUUUUCUUUUUGUUUUGGUUGUACUUGCACUAAUGUCAUUUAUACUAGCAAUGUUCCAAAGCUGUUCUGUGGCUGUCGGCAACCAAAUACCCUCUGAUAUUUGUGUACAAGGAAACAGCCCGACCUGUUUGUGUGUAAUCUGUAUAGAAAUUUUGUUCUGUAUUGAACCAGAGGAGUGUUGAUACAUUUGUACGGUCCUGGUUUGGUUUCUGCCGAGCUUCCCCGUGUGUAGGCCGAGGAGCUGAGGAGAAACCAGUUCCUUUGACCAGUGUGACCAGUCGGUGUCGCUUCUUCUGCUGUCUGUAUGACGCGCCUUCAGGCUGGUGUGAUCACUCCGGUGCCCUCUACUGUUAGGAGUGGGAUCAGCGUGGCACUGACAGACAGGAGAUGUACUUGAUGUACUUAACAGUAUUACUAAUUAUUCCUUUGAUGAAAGUCUUGUUACUCCCAAUGACUUUAGUCUUCAUUUAGGAACGCAUUGUUCUGCAGGUCUGGACAUGAAUACACGCUCAGUGUAGGAUUAAACCUGGACAAUGCUGAUUGGACUUUUUUCUUUGUUUUUCUUUUUGUUCAGAAAUGUAGGAUUUUAAGUAUUUUUGCACAUUUUGGUUCUGAAAGGUGAACUUUAGAACUAUCUGUAAUUUUUUUUUUUCUUCACAACUCCAUUCCUUAAUCUUUGAUUUUGAAAUGCAGCACCUGAAAUGAAUACAGAGAAUUGACUGACUUUGUAAGCAUUCGCUUGAUUUUCUUCCCGUUUCGGAGCUCUUACACCAUGUUGCACAGAGAAAGAUCGUUUGAGAUAAAAAUGUGAAGGUAAUAAUUGUCAUUGGCAGCUGUAUGUAAAUUUGCAUUGCAGUAUUAAAUGAUAAUUUGGGCAGAUGCUUAUUAGAUGUUGAUUAUACCUGUUUUUACUCCAUGUUGGAGAAGUUGCAGCCUUACUAGAUUAUAAAAUAUUACAUUUUCUGUGCUGUUUCUCAUAUUGAACCAUUCUCACAUUACAUUUCACGUUGUCUUGUCAGGAGCUUUAGUUUCCAGAAGAAUUCAGCAUUUUCCAUUACCCUUUGCAAUAUACAUAUCAUUCAUGCAUAUCAUAAAAUGUUGCAGGCUGACUUGCAAAUGAACAUGAGACAAAAGCCAGCAUGCCUCAUUGGAAUAAUAGUAUAAUAUGCUACGAGAAUAUUAACACUGGUAGAGGGAUGUUUUCAUUUUAAAAUUCUUUCUAUUGAAUUUAAGUAACAGAUUAAUGAGAAUACCGAUAUCCUUUCAUAGCAAAGUUCUUUUAUCUAAAAUCCAGUUGUUUCAGUCUUAAUUUUUGCAAUUUGAACCAUUAGAAUAGAAGAAAUGGUAAGGGAAUCUAUAGCUUGCAUUGAUGACUCUAACAGAUGUAAUUCAUUUGCUGAAUGCAUUUUUACUACAGCCGCCACAUGCAUUGAGAUUUACCUCAGAAAGAGCAUCGUGUUCAGGGCUGCUUUCACCGAGACUCCUGACAGGUUCUUUUCUUUCUUUUGUUAGGUUAGUUUUGCACACAAAUAUUUAGGACCUGCUCUGUGAAACCUGACUGAGUUGUAUUCUAUCAAACUGUUCCACAGUGGGUUAUGGACUGGAUGCCUGGCAUUGCCUUGAUUAUGUUACAAAAACUGAAUGUCAAAUAAAAUGAACCAUCCACUCUGCAAACUUUAA